AUGGAAUGUAGCUCCAUAAGUGUGAUUGUAGUGUUCCUCCUGCACAAAAGAUCUGGUGGUAUGAUAUCCUCCAUUUUUGUUAAACAGAUAAUUGAGGAGGAUACAGUCAUUGCUGUGCCACUGAAGACUGCCAAAAAGCUAGAGCAGGCAGAACACAGGAUGGAUUCUGACCUCUGGGAGAAAGUGCAUGGUCCUCAUAAUGAGUAUCAAAGGCAGCUAAUUGGUCAGCUUGAGUCAAUUGCUUUGCCUGAAAUCAAGAUUCAUGAGCGAAUUUUCAACUUCUUUGCCAUAUACUCUGAUAAGCUGUCAAAUGUCCUGUUAGACAACAUCUGUAGCAUUAUCCGAGCUCUGUCGUUUGCGUCUUAUCUCGAGCCAAGUGGUCAGGCCCUGCCCCCAGAGGAGAAUAGAGAGUGA